AUGGCAGACCACGAUUCGCGAAGCAUGUCUAUAGUCCCUUAUAGCGGCGGAGGGCACGUCGUACUUCGCCAUGACGAUGCGAUCGUUGUGUUUGAUCCCAAUUCACAGCAGCUCGUCCUCAAACCCGCGAAUCAAGGCGUCGAAAACAUCGGAGAACGAACUGAAUGCCCCUAUUGCCAUCGUCCGUUACGCGAUGGUAAUCCCGAACACCCUCAGGAAUCUCAUCACGGGUCUACUCCGGCCAAUUCAGCGCCGUCGAGAUUCGUAGAGCCGGACUACUUUCGACUCCUCGAGAACAGCAGCCUCCCUCCGCCAGCGGAGCAACCAACUCCCCCUUCUUCACGGCGUCAGUUGGUACAGCCCACUCAGGAGGAAGAAGGAGGGGGAGGAACUACAACACCAGCUUCGGCUAGUGGGCGUGAUGGCGACUCGCCCUCUAAUAGCAACACCCAUGGAAUCUCGUCAGCUGCGUUCAGCCACGAUUACUUCAAGAGAUUCUUUGUCGAAGAGCGUGAGCUCGGAAGAGGAGGGAAAGGCGUUGUGCUUUUGGUAAAGCAUAUACUCGAUGGAGUGCCUCUGGGCCACUAUGCGUGCAAGAGGGUUCCUGUUGGUGACGACCAUGAAUGGCUGAAGAAGGUGCUCAUAGAAGUCCAGUUGCUGCAGCACCUCUCGCACCAGAAUCUAGUCUCAUAUAGACAUGUGUGGCUAGAAAAUGCGAGACUCAGUAACUUUGGGCCAAGGGUACCGUGUGCCUUUAUUCUGCAACAGUACUGCAACGCAGGGGACCUCCAGAAGUAUAUAUGCGGCUCGAUUCAGACCGCAGCAGAUACACCACAACAACUAAAGGCUCGGCUACGGCGGAGGUCUCGAGGCCAACCAGACCUCCCGGCUGCUGCCAGUGGACCUAGACGGCUACAACUCGAAGAAAUCUAUUCGUUCUUCAAAGACAUCACCUCAGGGCUCCGUUUUCUGCAUGCCAGUGGCUAUAUACACCGUGACCUAAAGCCCAGUAACUGCUUACUACAUGAAACCGGCCGUGAACUACGUGUCUUGGUCAGUGAUUUCGGUGAAGUCCAGUUUGAGAACACUGUCCGAAACUCUACCGGAACCACAGGUACCAUCUCCUUCUGUGCGCCUGAAGUACUACGAAGAGUAUCACCCGGUGGGCCAUUUUGUAAUUUUAGCUUCAAAUCAGACGUCUUCUCACUUGGGAUGAUACUCUAUUUCCUUUGCUUUGGCCAGCUUCCAUAUCGAAAUGCAGAUGUUGUGGACGAAGACAAAGAAGAUCUUGAUCUUCUUCGUGCUGAAAUUAGUCGAUGGGCAGGGUUCGAUGCCGCAAGGCGGAUGCGGCCUGACCUUCCUGAUAUCCUCUACUCCUUCUUGACACGUCUUUUGGAUGUGAACCCUGAUAUGAGACCAACCGCAGAAGAGGUAUUGAAUGGAAUACAGACAGGUGGCUCCAGUGAAGGGCGCCGUUUCCACAGAACAACGCCGUCUACCACUGACCUUCAAGCCACCACGCGUGUACUCCCUGUAGACAGCCCGGCUACGGGAUCGCCGUCUCGACGGCCACACAGCCCAGUGAAAAGAGCACCCCCAACACUAGACCUCCCUCCUACAAUUAUUCGUUCUAAAGCAUUAGGGGCAAGCAACUCUCAUCAGCCAACGUCCAGCGACCCAGAUCCUCCAUCCGAAGCCCCGGAUGGUGACCAUAUUAGCACAGAGACUACUAACCUGCUCGUCCGGUCCACCGCCACAUCCCCUCGCAUCGUGCGUGACUACCCUGAAGACCGUAAUCGGCGCAUAUACACCGUUACGAAUCGUCUCCUUUUACCUCCUCCAAGCAGGUUUCAAAUAUUCAGUCAUAUUUUAAGAAGCAGGCCUUUCAUACCAGUCCUAAUCAACUUCGUCCUACUUACUAUAAAAGUUAUUUCUCUCACCCAGCCAUGCGCUCCGCUCACAGUCAAACCGUGGAUAAUAUACCCGCUUCUCUUUCUCGCUGUCUUAGAUUUGAGUGUUCCCAAAAGAUGGUUUCAUCUAGCUACCUUCUUGCUCCAUGUUCUUGUUCUAGCCUUCGCUUCCAAGGCCGGAUCUCUUUGUGCACAAGACCUCCAUGAUCAUAGCAUCUACGUCGGUUGA